UGCAGAUGUGUCAAUUACUGGUUCACAAAAGGAUUAUGUCCUAACGUUUUCAAUUAUAGGUUGCUUCAGUCAGUGGCAGACGAGACGUCAAGCGGUAGUGGCAGUCUGGCUCUUCUAUCUGCGUGUUCCGUCUAGACUUUUUCGCUUCGUGUAGCAUGUUGCUAGCUCUGUCUAGUGGAGCCCAAUGUCUGAACAUUUGGUCUCACCACCUCCUUUUCCAAAGCAUUCUUUCCCUGUUGUCUGAUAAGUAAUACUAAUAACGUAUGAAGUCAUGGAACGAAACAUUCGUGCAACUCAUGGAAGCACCAGUGUAGCAGCAGCAGACAGCUGGUCUGCAGCGUUCGAUUGGCAGAGACAUGAAGCUACUUUGGACGAAAUGUUCUUGAAGAAUUCUGCUCUGUUUCCCAAAGAUAGCAAAGAAAAGAAAGGCUUUUGGCCAUUCUUUUAUCGCUUUCAGUCAUUCAAGAAAAAGCAGCAGCAGCAGCAGCAGAGGCGACAUCAGCCAGGAAAGGAGGAGUCACCAUCGGAGAGGAUACAUUCCAGUAGACAGCGUAAUGUAGGACAUGUCGGCACACUGCAGCAGCAGCAGCAGCAGCAGCAGCGAGCUGUAGGAAAGACACCAGGGUGUACGCAAGAAGACUUCAUCUCCUUAUCUGGCCGUCGGUAUGGUGAUGAGCCAACAGUAGACUCCAUUUUGGAUUCCUUGCCGGCUAAGUAUGAUGUUUUAGACCGUGCAAAUUUGCAAUGGUUACCAGGUAGUAGUGGCUAUUCAUCGAGAGGAUACGGAGGAAGUCGUUAUUUUCAGCAGCACUUCACCACAUCUGGUCAUCGUCUUGGUGCUAACAUUCCUGAUCAUCGAAUGGAGGAAUUCAAGGAUAGUGUACUGCACUACUUGCAGUUCUUGCAGAAGCAGAAGUUUGAGAAGGUGUCUAAGAUCAAGAGAGACCGAGGAAAUCUUCCCAUUGCAAAUUACAAAGAAGAGAUUGUUCAAGCCAUCAGAAAUCACAAUGUGGUGGUGGUUGCUGGAGAUACUGGCUGUGGAAAAUCUACACAAGUCCCUCAGUUUCUUAUGGAAUCUGGAUUUGAACACAUUGCAUGCACACAACCGAGAAGAAUUGCUUGCAUAUCAUUGGCGAAGCGUGUUUCAUUCGAGACCCUCAAUGAAUAUGGCUCUCAAGUUGCAUACAAGAUUCGUUUUGAAAGCACCACAACACGGGCGAGCAAGAUCAUCUUUCUGACUGAAGGUCUGUUGUUACGGCAGAUCUCAAGUGAUGCAGCACUAUCUAUGUACAAUGUCAUUAUUGUUGAUGAGGUACAUGAACGUCAUAUUCAUGGGGACUUUCUCCUGGGAGUCUUGAAGUGUUUACUCCAAAGCCGCUCUGAUCUCAAGCUAGUGCUGAUGUCUGCCACCAUCAAUAUCGAUUUGUUCAGUGGUUAUUUUGACAAUUGUCCCGUCAUCAAAGUACCAGGACGUCUGUAUCCCAUUGAACUGGAGUAUGUACCUGUGGAACACACCAGUAACCCCAAAGAGGUACAGUUGAAUGUCACUUAGCCGAAUGCUUUGGGAAUGGGCCUUGUUGGGUA